ACGUAAGUGAAGUUAAAUUUAAAGGUCUUGCAGAACUGGAAAUGACCAUUCUUUAGACGUCGGCUAGUAAUUACAUUUGUAAUUUUGUUUUUAGUGAAUGGAAAAUUGUAGAAGACAACUGAAAAUGAUACCAGAAAUCACAAUACCAGCCUCUCCAAAUUGGUACUGUACACAUGUAACUGAUGCAAAGAGUGCUGGUGUUUAUGUUUUCGGUGCACGGAGAGAUGUGUUCAUUUAUGACGUGACAUGCUACCCAGCUAAAUCACGAGGAGUAUUCCGUGCCCACAGAGAUAAAGUAAGUGCGGUGGCCCUGAAUCCACAUCGUGAAGAGAACAUCACAACAUGCUGUAGUGGAUCAGAAGAUGGGAAACUUAAAAUAUGGAAUAUUGAAUCUAAAGAACAGCUCUUUGAGCAAAGUACACACAGGGGUAAGGUAACGGCUGUUAGCUGGUCACCCCAGCAGGAAGAUUUGCUUCUGAGUGGUGAUGACAAGGGAGACAUUGUAUGCUGGCAGUACUUAGAAGGCAGACUCCAGACCUUUAGUCCAGAGAAUGCAGGGGUGAUGUGUCUCACCUGCUCUCCAAUAACUGCAGGAACAGUUGCUGUUGGAUAUAAGACCGGCUUGAUUUUGAUCCUGGAUGUGAAGAAAGAAGGUCAGAUUUUACAGCGUCUGAGAGGACAUGAUGAAGACAUUCAAUGUCUUGUUUGGUGUCCUGUCAUUGGGGAGAACUUUAAACCUCCCAAACCAGCGUACCGGGAUUGGGACGACCCCUUCAGUACAGUUGAAGCAGCAGACACUGAUCUGGUGGUAUCAGGGGAGGACGAUGGUGUAGAUUUCGGUGUUGAUGGUCACCUUCUUGCAUCUGGCAGCAAAGACAAGACAAUUCGUAUCUGGAGCACUGACAGGGGCAGACAACUCCUACAGCUAAAGGUUGGAAAGUCUGGAGGUCGAGAUCAAGGAAAUGAGUAUGGUGGUGGAAAGAUGUGGACCACUUUUGUAUGGCUGAGAAACAAUCCUCGUCACUUGAUCUCUAGCUCUACAGGGGGAGAUCUGCUGAGAUGGAACAUUACAUCACCAAGCCCACAGAAGAGCAAGGCAUUUAGUUCUGAACACAAAAAAGGAAGUCACUAUCGUAUGGUAUUCAACCUGUGUCUGGCUGGACCCAAAGAUGAAUACUUGUGUUCUAUGUCCAUGGACAGACAGGUGAUUGUAUGGAACACUGACUCGGGGUCACUGUUUGGGGUGUUACCCACAUUUGGUGGAUUUGUUUAUGUUGCCAAGUCUUCACCUGUAGAUCCAGGCAGACUGGCAUUAGGUGUUGGAGACAGUAUGAUACGUCUGUGGAACAUCAAUAACACCAACAAUCUCACGGACUUAAAAAAUCUAUGGCAGGGAAUAAAGGCCAAGGUCACCGCAUUGUGUUGGCACCCGGUGAAGGAAGGACUGUUGGCGUAUGGUACAGAUGAUGGCCGAGUGGGUGUGUAUGACACACUCUCCAAUAGACCACCUAACAUAUCGUCCACCUACCAUAAGAGGACAGUUUACGUGGUGGCCUGGGGACCCUGCUGUACUGGACAAGAGUAUGGAUCAGGAGGUUACAGCCUAUACAGUAUCGGGGAUGGAGUUAUCCUGGAACACGAUGUUUAUAAUCUACAGGAAGAGGCUUGUGAUGUCAACUCACUCAUACAGCAAACCAAUGGCAAAAAGGUUAAGCUUCCUGUGCGCAGUGAGAUUAGCUGGAGUCCGGGCUUUUCUUUUGUUGCAGUUGGCAAUGAUGAUGGAUCUGUGGAAAUCUACAAGCCGCCAAGCUUCUCUCUGGUUGCCACUGUCCAUAUACACAAAAAACUGAUCAACUGCAUUCAGUGGCAUCCUCAUGUCACUAUGGCAACACCCAGUGGCUCCCCCUAUAAGUACUGGAUAGCUACAGGGUCCAAUGAAGCAGGAGUGUUCGUUGUAGACCUGUCCUCUCUACUGGACAAAGUUGAACUUGCAAUGGGAGAUUCAGCAGCUGAUCCGGUUGUAGUUUCCGAGUCCAAGCAAUGUCUCCUUGGCCAUGUUGACCGAGUGACAGGUGUUGCCUGGAGUCCUCAUAUUGAUCAACAUCUUGCCACAGUCUCCUAUGACGGGCAGGCACUGGUUUGGGAUGUGGAUAAGAAUGAGAUGUUGGCAUGUUACCAAGGUCAUAAUGGGAGACUACUCUGUGUACAGUGGAAUGGACUUCACGAGGACCUUGUCCUCACUGGAGCUGACGAUUUCUCUCUCCACCAGUGGCGACCCUCACUCCACAUCCCUAACCCAGAAAAUGCGGGAAGACAAAGAAAGCAGAAACACAACAAGAAAAAGUCUAAGAAAGGUUCCCCUGCUGUUCAAAAGGACACAAGUACUGAUACCACUCCAACAUCAGCUGAUGUGUCUCUGACGACGGAGGACAAAGAAGGUCUGGAGAAGAUAUUGGAAGAGAAGCGCCGACAGAUUCUGGGGGAGGACAAAGCAUUGUUACCUGAAGAGACAGACAAGACAGGAUCACUGGAUAGCAAGUGA